AUGGAAGCGUUUGCCGAAGGGCGUGUGGAACAGCGACUCCAAGCCGCGUUGGAGCGGGUUCGAGUCAUAUUGGAUGCAACCAAGGAUCCACAAGCAGCUGGCGACGUGCACCAUCAGUAUGAAGACAAGUACUUGCUGGUGGAGGGCGUGACCAAUGCAGCAGUUGCAUCGCAACUGAAUUCGUUUAGUGCCUUGGGCCUGACGAUGCAGCAUGUGCAGAAGCUUCAAGAAUGGUCCAAAGACAAAGUCGUGUCGUUUCAAUUCAAUGCCGAAGAGGCAUGCAGUUACCUCCGAGAGGAAACUCGGGAAGAAGAAGAUCCGACAAGACAUGUCGAAGAGGUUUCAGUUCGCGGCGCUUUCCAGGCUGCAUUCACAAGCAAGGUGGUGACGAAGAUAACAGAGUACCUCUGGAAAUUCGAAGCAAAGUAUGAACUGGUGGCAAUCAGAGGAGUUGGUGAAACUGCUGAUGACCGGCUUUGCUUGAUGACACGUACAGGACAAGCAGAACUGAUAACAUCGGCGAAGCAAUCCCCGCGCCCGGAGGUGAAGAAGCCAGCAGCCAAACUGCAGGUGAAUGUGAGCUGGCUCUUCCGCAAUUUGAAGAACGACAAGGCUGUACCUGGCUUCACCGUGGACAGGCUGGCCAAACACUGCAAAACUCCGAGGCGCAACGGAGAUGUUCAGCAGGCAUACAACCACUGCGAGCGGGUUGCCGUUUUCGCCAACCAGGUAUCCGCUUAUCUCUCCGGGCUUUUCCAAGUACAGACCGUUGCCAAGAAGUCUCUGGACCUCGCGGCAAUCCGAGGAGAUGACAGCAUCUUCAGCCCUGUUCUCCCCGUUAUGGUCCAGAGCUCACAGGAAGCAAUCGAAGAUCUCGGUCCUGGCAGCGAGAGCAUGGUCCUUGUGGAGGCGGUCCAUGAGGAGGCCCAAAGCAAUGUGCAGCUGACGGUCCAGGAUUCUAAUCGGCUGCUUCAGGAAGAACUGCGGACUCUGAAAGGGAAGCAGGCCGACCUUGCAGAGGCCUUCCCAGAAGAGGGCCUCGCCACAAGGGCAGAGGCCUUUGCAGUCGUCACUUUGCAGCAUGUCGCCCGGGUGUGUUCCAGCUGGGCCGACGCAAUCGGCUACGUAGAAGACAUGCUCCGCAAGCAGUUGGCUGCCGCAAUCGGGAAGGAGGUUUCCCCUGCAGAUUUUGCCGCAUACAUGAGGUUUCAUUAUCGCAAACUCUUUCACGAGGCAUUCCUUCCGAAACCUCUGUGCUUCUCUGUGCGCCGUUCUGACACACAUAGCCCGGAGGGAACAGUGAGCAUCGAAGAGGCAGUGGUUGGGCCUGGUGGCGACUCCAACAUCAACAGCCCCAUCGUCACCAUGGUGGCCAGCACCACUGAGUCAGCUCCCAUGACCUUUCCGCUCAAUGCGUCGACGAACGUGACUUUUGCCGGAGAGAGGCACCUUCACGCCUGGCUCUCGCACCAGUUCUCGGGACAGUCGGGCUGUGAGCUGUCCUUGGUUGCGCGUGCCAGGCAGUUCAGCUCAAUGCUGGUCCUGAUCGGACGGGUUUCGUCUGCAAGCAGCUUUGACCCGAAGUAUGCCGCCAUCAUCCAGAAUAAGGAUGAGCUGACCAUACCUUUGAGUCUCUCGACGAUUCCAUCCCCAAAGGAGUUCAAAGACGCCAUUGAGUCUCUUUCGCCAGAGCAGCAAGCCUUCGCGAAAGCCUUCCGCGCGAUGCAGCUGGAGUCGACCUUAUUUGGUGUGCUCGUGGUGCAGAUUAAGCCACAGCUGGAGCGUGUCCUCAAUCUGGCAGACGACAGCUUGACGAAGGAGAUCAAGCUAACACAGGACUUGAUGCAGCUUUUCAUCAAGUAUCAGAUCCCUAGUGACCUGCUCUCCUUCGAUGCCACCUCGGGCGAUGCGGAGAUCUUGAAUCCCACUGCAGCCGAGAGAUUGGAGCGUGUCAAGGGGCACGUGCAGGCGAUGCACGAGAUGCUGGCGCAGGCGAAGCAAGAGGACCUCAAGGAGAGGGAGAGGGAGGUUCUGUACGACAAUCCCUUCGUGAUGCAACAAGAUGAUAGACGCGGCCCCACGAUGGUCAAGGAGGCACUUCAGGUCCAGCUUCAAGCUGCUCCGAGGAACCACAGCUUUCCCAUCAUGAUGGCCGGUUGUGCCGCACCUUCCCCUCCCGGUGCGGCGGGCAUGCCGAUGCCAGCUGACGCCUGUGCAGCUAUUGCAGCUCCCGCUCCGGUCGCCGCCCCGGCACCACAGCCGCAGCCACCACAGCCGCAGCCCACUCAGAGGUUUCCUGACGAACACAGCUCAGUAGGGACCAGUUCGGGCACCCGGGACUACACGCAGGUGCCAGUUGAAUUGGACCAGCGCUUUGAGAAGCUGGACACCGAUAAUUCCCUCCGGCCGACAAUCAUCAACCCCGGCGAGCGGUGGACAAAGCGCUCUCAGAAGGCACUGUUGGCCAGCCCUUCCACGUCCCAUUUGUCCAAGGCGGAGCAGAAGACGGAAAGAGAGGCUGCCUUCGACCUCCUCGAUGCCCUAACAAAGUCAGGGGCCUUGCCUUUGACGCAUGCGAGCCUGCAUGUGGUCAUCGCGGCAACACACUGCUUCGACAAGACCGUCACGGAGACCGUCAUCCAGAACAACAUCAACCCGAUUGCGAAAGUUGAGCGAUCCUCACUCAUCAUGGCCUCCACUGUGCACCAGACAGCGGUCACAGAUCUAAUCAAAGAUGAGCAAGUCCAGAGAGUGACGGACGCCUCCCCACAGCUCUUUCUGAAAGACGCUCGCUGA